AUGUACAAAUCACCCGCUGGCCAUGGAUCUCUCUUAAUCGCACUCAAUUCUACCAAUAAAUCUCUCAUUGUCAUCGGUCACAACUCAUUGGCUGCGUCGAGAUCUUUCGCUGGAUUAGACGCUGGAUGUAACGUCGUUGUGAUUGGCUGUGGAUUAGAUUCUGCCUGCGAUGAGAUCAAAUUUCGUGUUUCUGCUGAUCAAAUUGAGUAUUUAACAGCCACAAGCCAUUCUCAGCUUGAGGCGGCCUUUAGAAGCUGCUGUACACGCACAUCCACCACUAUAGCCACUAUAACGGACUGUGGCAUCAACGAUAGCCACGACAAUUCACCUUCAAUCCACUCACUCGUCCAGUUAUCACACUCACUCAACAUCCCAAUCAACGUAACCGAUCAUCCUCUUCUCUGUGACUUCUCUUUUCCUACUUCGCACAGAUUCAGCCUCCCUGAUGGCUCUCCUUCUCCGCUCCAGCUCGCCGUUACAACAAACUCCAAGGGCUGCAGACUCGCUUCUCGUAUUAAGCGCGAGACUAUUGCUCUCCUCCCUAAAAAUAUUGGCUCAGCUGUACACAACAUUGGUCUCCUCCGUUCCCGUGCCAAGCGAUACCUCUCCCGGAUGAAACUCGAGCGAACAACGUCGCAAUCCAGUCUGAGUGAAGAAUUGGCUGAUUUCGACAAUCUCAACGCAGCCGUGCCUCAGUUGAGUCGGGAUAAUACCACUGAACAUGCCUCCGAUAAAGCUCUGCGGAGAAUGCGCUGGGUCGCACAGAUUUCUGAGUACUGGCCACUUGAACAUCUCGCCAAGAUGGAUGAGGCUGAUAUAGACAGUUUACUUGACGCUUACGGGGAGCCUCACCAGCCGCGCACUCCCAAGACGGAAUUUGUCCCUCAGUGGCCCCUUCCACCUCCACACGAUAGACACGCGCUAUCACUAGCACCCCCUCAAUCACCCAAACCGCGCAAAGGCCACAUUGUACUCGUAGGCGCAGGUCUUGGCUCGCCAGAGCUUCUCACAAUAGCUGCCUACCGCGCACUCAAGACAGCCGACCUAGUUCUCUCCGACAAGCUUGUCCCCGCAGCUGUGCUCAAGGUAGUUCCGCAGUCGACAGAGGUGCGCAUCGCACGCAAAUUUCCAGGUAAUGCUGAGGGAGCCCAGGCGGAGCUCAUGCAGUGGGCCGUUGACGGAGCUCGAUCUGGCCAAGUCGUAGUGCGGUUAAAGCAGGGCGACCCAUUCGUCUACGGGCGAGGAGGAGAGGAAGUGAUUCAUUUCCGUCGCGAAGGCUACGAGGCAGUGGUAGUACCCGGCCUUUCGUCCGCCAUGGCGGCGCCGCUUAUGGGUGGCAUACCGGUGACACAGCGCGGGGCUUCUGACUCGUUUCUGCUGUGCACGGGCGUCGGAAGAGGAGGUCGGGUGCUGAGUGUGCCGGAAUACGCGCGCGCUCGCACACUGACUAUCCUCAUGGGCGUAGCGAGAUUGCGGGAGCUGGUCGAAAGCCUCGCUCAGCUCAGUUACCCGCCUUUCGUACCCGUAGCUGUAAUCGAGCAGGCUUCGUCACCGUCGCAGCGCGUCGUGAUGAGCACACUGGACGGGAUAGUUAAGGCUUAUGAAGGCGCUGGCGAUCAACGCCCUCCUGGGAUGAUUGUCGUCGGGUGGUCCAUCCUUUCUCUGCAUGGCGAGCACGGCGACUUGAGUGUACUCGAUGAGGACGCGGAAAAACACGACCAAGAGCGCGUACAUAGGUGGCUGAAUGGAAAAUUGUCUAUCAUCACAGAAGGCCCAGGUAGAGCAUGGGAUGAGUGGCUUAAAGAGGUUGAACGGCCCGUUGUGUUGUGA